ACCAGUACAUACCUAUAUUGUGCUCUGGGCCUCUAUUUAGGUACAUUUACAGCACAUGGAUGCAUGGGUGCAGCGCGUCAGCUCUUGUCUAUUUCGCCCUUAAGGCCACUCAACAACACGCAGACUGCAAUCUGCAUCCCCUGUAUCAACAAGCCACUAAACUCAUUGAUCCAUCAAUCCUUUCCAUUCCCAUUGAUAACGCGCAGAUGCUGACAGGCAGCGGUUAACCGGCCACUGUGAGAACCUAUGUUGAUUUCCAUCAACCGCAGGCAUACAUGUACAAGUACCACCCGGAUAGGCGCAUUGAAGCUUUUCCGAGCCCGUCACAGCAGUGCCAGAGCGCUAUCCACGGAGGAGAGCCCGCUGUAACUCCGCGGGUGGGACGCCUCAGUGGGCUCCGCUGGGGGCUGGCUGCUAGCGGUUUGGGCACUCCGACCCAGCACUAGCAACGCGCAUGUACCUGUACGGCCUCUGCGAUUUGGCGGUUUGGGCCAAGCAUUUUUCGCUGGCCCAAAUCCCCAAAUCUGGGGCUGCCGAGGCCCGGCGAACCUCGGCCGUCCCUUUCAGCAGCCCAUGACUUUCGUUAAACCUCCGCCUCCCGACCUCAUCGCCAGAUUUCUUCUUUUCUUCCUUCCUUUGCAACCGUCCUCCGCCCAUCUUCUUUCUCCCCAGGCUAGCACGUCGCCUAUCCCUUCUCUCUUUCCCUUUGUCUGGUCAAUUCUCGUAUGCAUCACGAGCAUUGCAGACCCUUCCCUUGAAAGAGUAAAAAUAUCAACACGCGGUCAGCCACUAGUCCAUCCCCUUUCGACACAAUGGCUACCAAGGACACGGCAGCCUACAUCAAGAGCUUGACAACUCCGCCUGCGCCUGGGGCCCCUCACGGUGUUCCCAUCGCAGGCUCAGAACGGCCUGGCCGCUCCGCCAUCUACCGCCAUCACAGGAUUGGCGAUGGCCCGCUCCUGACCACGUUCAACCCCGACAUCCAAUCGGUCCACGAUCUGUUCGAAAAUGCCGUCAAGAAGCGCCCCGGCAAGCGCUGCCUCGGCACCCGCCACUGGAACCCCAGCACGCAAUCGUGGGCAGACACAUAUGAGUGGGAGACGUAUGCUGAGGUGGCCGAGCGUCGCAAGAAUCUGGGAGCCGGUCUCGUCGAAAUUCACAAGAGCAUUGGCCACACCCUGGACAAGUAUCCCGUUGGACUUUGGUCCCAGAACCGCGCCGAAUGGCAAAUCACCGAUCUUGCUAUUGCGUCGCAGGCUCUCUUCACUGUAUCGCUAUAUGAUACUCUCGGCCCAGAUACUUCCGAGUACAUAAUCAACCACGCCGAACUCGCCUGCGUAAUCUGCUCUCUGCCUCAUAUCCCAACCCUCUUGAAGAUUGCUCCUCGGGUUCCAACCCUCAAGCUGAUCGUCUCGCUCGACGACCUGGAGCAAGGCGAGCAAAAGGGUAUGACCAAGGGUGCUGUCUUGAACGACAUUGCCUCUCAGCACGGCAUCAAGAUCUACUCCUUCAAGGAGGUUGAGGAGAUUGGCGCCAAGUCAGGCCGCCCCAUGCGCCCGGCCAAAUGGGACGAUCUCUGCACAAUCAACUACACUUCGGGAACCACCGGUAACCCCAAGGGUGUUGUCAUCACUCAUGGCAAUGCCGUUUCUGCCAUCUCCUCCAGUCGCCUGCAAGGUACCGUGAGCGACAAGGACGUUCACAUGUCCUACUUGCCUCUUGCUCACAUCUACGGUAGAAUGAUUGAUCAAGUUGCCCUGUCCGAAGGUGCUAGUAUUGGUUUCUUCCGUGGCGAUAUCCUAGGCCUAGUCGACGACAUGAAGAUUCUCAAGCCCACCGGUUUCAUGUCCGUGCCCCGGUUGUUCAACCGCUUCAACUCAGCGAUCCGAACCGCCACAAUCGAGGCCGAGGGUGCCAGGGGAGCCCUGUCUCGUCAGGUCAUCAACACCAAGAAGGCCAAUAUGCGUCUGCCAUUUGGCCAGGCGAGCAACACGCAUUUCCUCUAUGACCGCAUCUGGACCCCCAAGGUCAGGGCCGCCGUGGGCCUGGAUAGAGCUCAUAGCAUGAUCAGCGGCAGCGCACAGCUAGAUCCUGAUGUUCAAGAGUUCCUCCGCGCUGCUUUUGGUAACAACUUUUACCAGGGCUUUGGCAUGACCGAAUCAUACGCCGUAGGUACCGUCCAGAUCCCAGGCGACUUCAGUCUCGGCAACAUUGGACCCCCAACUGGCUGCAUUGAGGUCUGUUUGGAGUCUGUGCCCGAGUUUGAGUACACCGUCGACGACAAGCCCAAUCCCCGCGGUGAGCUUCUUCUCCGAGGCCCAUGCAUUUUCCGCGAGUACUACAAGAACGAGGAGGAGACCAAGAAGGCUAUCGAGUCCGAUGGAUGGUUCCACACCGGUGAUAUUGCUGAGGUUGACAAGAUGGGUCGCUUCAAGAUUAUCGACCGCAAGAAGAACGUUCUCAAGCUGUCCCAGGGUGAAUACAUCUCUCCUGAGCGUAUCGAGAACGUGUACUUGGGCAACACCAACCUGAUCGCCAUGGCGUAUGUUCACGGCGACCCCAAGGAGUCCACACUCGUCGGUAUCUUUGGAAUCGACCUGGAGAACUUCCCACCCUUCGCCAGCAAGGUUCUCGGCGAGACCAUCACGUCCGCUGACAUCCCCGCCCUCAAGGCCGCUGCCAACCACCCCAAGGUUAGGCAAGAGUUCCUCAAGGUGCUCAACAAGAUUGCGCAGAAGCAAAAGUUCAACAGUUUUGAGCGGGUUCGCGCUGUCUAUCUUGACAUUGAGCCCUUUAGCAUCCAGAACGAGCUUUUCACACCCACUCUUAAGCUGAAGCGGCCUCAAACUGCCAAGGCCUUCCGUGCCCAGAUCGACAAGAUGUACGAGGAGAUUGCCAACGAGACUGGCCCUGCCAAGUUGUAAGAAUAGACUGCGAGAUGUAAAUGAACGGGCAUGACGUUGAGCGAAUUUUUCUGGGUUUUAAUGUUUGGAUAAUCCGUUAGUUAUCAGUUAUGGUUAGCUAAUAGCCGUGGGCGGUAAGAAAGUGGAGUGUGUAUUGCAGUAAAGCAAGGCGGCAAGUUUCCUUUUUGGGGCAAUGCACCUGUCAGUGCGAAAGAUUUACGAAUAUAAAAUAUACAAGGGGAUCAAAGAUAGCUU